GAAACGAAGUUGAAGUUUACUAUGUUCGACUCAAUCAACUUCAGGUAUUUACUAAGUCGACUGAGUUCGAUUCAGUACACCCUUUUCAUACAGAGCCACAAGGGCUUACAACCACAAGGCACUAAUCUCUUCCUCUCUCCCUGCAUCGUCAUUUGUUUGCUUCAAUUUUGUCUUGGGUAGUUCCCCAUCAAUGGAAAAUUGAAAAACCUCAAUUGAGGAAACCAGAAUAGAGCAGAAGCAGAGCACCCAUACCAUGCUCACCAUUCAACGAAAUUCCACUCCAUUCCAAAACCCCUCUAAAACCCUCCGACCCAAACCCAGAAAAAUAUGUCUCCCUGCAACAAUCGCAGCUGGCUCCACCCAUGAAAACCCACAAACCAAACAACUCUCUUCCUUCUCUGCAGGCAAAAUCAAACGCCUAGUCCUCACCCAAGAAGGCAGAGUCAAACUCAACUCCUUCCCUGACAGAGAAUUCUAUGCCCAGCCGCGCCUGGUGAACCAUGUGGACGAUGGCUUCAUCUCCACCCUCACGGGGCUCUACAGACACAGGCUGAGCCCUGGCUCGGAAAUUCUUGACCUCAUGAGCUCCUGGGUUAGCCAUCUCCCUCCGGAGGUGGAGUACAGGAGGGUGGUGGGGCACGGUCUCAACGCCCAAGAGCUUUCCAGGAACUCCCGGCUGGAUUACUUCUUCGUGAAGGAUCUGAAUGGAGAGCAGAAGCUUGAGUUGGAGAGUUGCAGUUUUGACGCAGUGUUGUGUACAGUCAGUGUUCAGUAUCUUCAACAGCCUGAGAAGGUGUUUGCAGAAGUGUUCCGGGUUUUGAGGCCCGGAGGGGUGUUCAUUGUGAGCUUUAGCAAUCGAAUGUUCUAUGAGAAAGCUAUCAGUGCAUGGAGAGAUGGGACUGCAUAUAGCAGGGUUCAACUGGUGGUGCAGUAUUUUCAGUGUGUGGAAGGAUUCACAAAACCAGAAACCAUUAGAAAGUCACCAAUUGCAAGCAAUGAGCAAGAGGACAAACAAGUUUUUCUGGGCUGGAUCAGGAGAUUGCUGGGCUUCUUGUCUGGUUCAGACCCAUUUUAUGCAGUGUUGGCUUACAAAAACUUUAAACCUGUCUAUGAGUAAGUAUUUGUAUAUUAGCCACUUGUAUAUGCAGAAGAGCAUGCAUCUGAGUCCACUCGAGUGUGUGCAGGUCCUUUCUUACCAAAGUGAAGCUUGUUAUUAAUAGAGCAAUUGACCCUCACCUUGUUUUCAGGUCUUAAUGUAGAAACAGGAUCAUCCUC